UCCACUUCAAAACUCCACCAGGAGAAAUGAGCUUCCGCCCCUUCUCCGAUUCUCUUUGCAGUCCGACACCGAUGUAUCUUCCGACAUACCUGGAGCCUGGCAUUGGGAGACAUACACCUUACAUGAACCAAACCGACUACAGGAUAUUCGAACUCAACAAACGAUUACAGAACUGGGCAGAGUCCCAGGACCUACAAAUGUUGGAUCAGCUGUCAAAGAACAUCACAAGAUGUGGUCUGUCCAACUCUACUCUCAACUACCUCCGACUCUGUGUUAUUUUAGAGCCAAUGCAGGAGCUGAUGUCCAGGCAUAAAACCUACAGCUUAAGCCCCAGGGAUUGCCUCAAGACAUGCCUGUUCCAAAAAUGGCAGCGGAUGGUUGCUCCCCCUGAUUUCAAUACAGAACAGAUUUUCCUUGCGAUUGUUGGCCUUUGGCAGUACUUGAACAUUAUAGUCUGUGAGGUAGGCAUCUUGUUAAGCUUUGUUUUAAUGCAGGAUGCCUCUCAGCAUUUGGAGUGCAAAUAUUUUCAAAUCUGCUCUUUAACUAACAACAAACUAGUUCUCUUUUUAAUGUGCAUUGUAAAACUGGUCAAGGAUCACACAAGUUCUUGACCUGACUCGAUUGGGACAUUACAUUGAAUGCAGUGUCGUUGACCCUGUGAGUUGGCAUCUGGGAUCCCAAUGUGCUACUCCGUAGAGUGCAGCACGUCUACACACUUUUGGGAAGAUCGCUCAGCCUUGACUCCAGCCUGCAGUUGAAAACUCUGGGGUUAUUAAAAAAAAGAACUUGCAUUUAUAUAGUGCCUUUCAUGACCUCAGGGCAUCCCAAAGAGUUUCACAGCCAAUUACUCUAAGUACUUUUGAAGUGUAAUCACUAUUGAAAUGUAGGGAAGUAAGUCUCAAUCAUUGCAGAGUGUGCAGGUCUAUACUGGACAAAAUGAAUCUUUAACUGGAUUUCAAUUAUUAAUACAAAA